GUUUGCAGUAGGCUUGCAUACUUGUAUUGUUAAUAUCCAUUUAUUUGGUUAAUUUGAUAAUACAUUUUGUAUACAGCAACAGAAACAGAUCUUUUAGAAUUUGUCUGGACGUCUGCAUCUAACAUGUGACCAACUAUCUACCCAACCAGGAGGUUCGUUACAGGCGCAUUGCGGAGACACGGAUGUAAGGAGGAAUGGCGACGGUCUAGAGGAAGAGGAGGCUUGUAUAUAGUCUGAAACCGUCCAUACAGCGUUAGGAUAAAUAGUAAAAAAUACAGACUGACAGAGACCAAAAUGGAGUCAGGGUUGGCAGUGACCUCAACCCCCACAUCUGUGGUUGGCGCUACAUCACCGACCCCUGCACCCACCAACCUCAGCGCCAAGCAGAGAGAGGGCGGCAGGAAGAAUGCCACCACCCCAUCAUUUCUAUCCAACCUGGGCAAGCCCACCUUGCGGGGCAUCAGGAAGUGUCCUCAGUGUGGUGUUUACAAUGGUACCCGCGGACUCAGCUGCAAGAACAAGGCCUGUGGCGUCGUCUUUAGGGAUGGGGGGGCUGCCGGCGGAGUCAGGGGCUCCAAGACCGGGACGGUGGAGGUGGUGCGCGUGGUCAUCAAUGGAGGAGGAGGCGAAGAGGGGGGCGACGGCGGAGCUGGUGAAUCCUCGGCUGGAGGUGCCCAGGUGUUCUCUGUUUGUCAGCGAGGGAGGGGCGCGUCAGCACAACAGGGGUUUGUAGAGCUUGUCCCCACGGAUACGGCCGUUGCCACGAGCGACGGGACGACCCUGCUGACCCGUGUCAGCGUGGGCCGCUGCUUCCUGCCCACCUGCCGCCAUGCGCAGGGUCAGAGGUCAGGCCCGGGCCGUUCACAGCAGACUGCCGUUCCAACCAACGCGACGUCCAAGCAGCGUUCAUCUGGUGCAGACACCCCCUGUGUUCACGUGAAGCUGGCCAUGGAGUGCCAGGCCCAGGCCACUCCUCUACCACUGAAGAGCUCCAUCCUUGAGGGUCUUCAAGCCUCAGCCGAGGCCAGAGAAGAGCUCUGGAGGCUGGCUACUGAGUCCCCUGGGCCCCUGGUCCAGAGGGUGAACAAAGACACUCUGGUGGUGAAAUGUCACAGUGGACCAAAUCAUCCUCUGGGACUGCUACACCUGACCGUUGGGGCACGGGGCUCCGGCGCGUGGGGGAGGACUGAGGGGAGGAGCAGAGAUGGGGCUGUGUAUCAGUGUGCCUGUCAGGAGGCUGUCCGGUGGGGUACGGCGGGGGGAACUGGGGAUGUGGAAACCUCUCAGGAUGAAGAUGGGGAGGUUAGAGGUUCCUCUGGUGUCUCCCCGGACUCCACCUCCCUGGUUGGUGCUGGCCCAUGUGUCUGCCUCCACUUCUACGCCUGUGUCUGUGCCUUCGCCAGCCAUGAGAAACUGGCCACUGAGUUCUCAGCUUUCCUCAACUACUGCUCCAAUGUGCCUAUAGGAGGUGAAAUAACCGCUCACAAAACCAAGAGACUACGUCAGGAGGAGCACCUCAUUGCCCCCCCAGCUGUUUGUCCUAUAGGGGUGGGGGGGGGUAGAGACAGGGGGCAACCCCCCAGCCAGAAGAGGUGUGGUCAGAGGAAAUGUUCUGGUCCUGGUGCUCCUGAUUCAACUGGGCUCAAGACCUCAGGGAGCAGCCAGCCAGUGGAGGAGAGUCAGGUGACCCUGGGGUUCCGCCAGUGGCUAGCCAGCGUUACAGAGAGGAUUCACCAGACCAUGCAUUACCAGUUUGAUGGUAAGCCGGAGCCUCUGGUGUUCCAUGUCCCCCAGGUGUUUUUCAACUCCCUGCAGCACCGGUUGUCCCUGGGUUCCAAGAAGAGACGGCUGCCCAAUGCUACCUCAGCAUUUGUCAGGAACGAUGACCUCCCCCACGGAACAUUCUCCAAGUACACAUGGCACAUCACCAACCUGAUGCAGGUCAAACGCAUCUUUGACACACCCGAGCUUCCCCUGGAGUUGACCCAGAGUUUUGUGAAAAACAGCGACGGUUCUUAUUCUCCGUUCCGCUGUCCCCAGCCUCUUCCCCCUGACCCUUCUGAGGGCUUCAGCCGCACAGACAGACCCCAGGCCAUACGACCCCUGGAGCUACGCACCUUCCUCAAUGUUGGACAACAUACAGUGGAUCAGAAGGAUCCCACGCCCUUUGUGAUUGAGUGGAUCCCAGACAUCCUGCCUCGCUGUCAUGUCGGAGAGCUCCGCCUCAGCUUCCAGUAUGGUCACCAGCUUGGAGGACAGUCCUGAUACUGAGCCGGAAUGCCGGGAUGUACCGGGGAGGGAUCGAGUCGUCAAGAGACCUCCUGACCGGAACGCCGGGAUGCACUGGGAGGAAUCGAGUCGUCAAGAGACCUCCUGACCGGAACGCCGGGAUGCACUGGGAGGGAUCGAGUCAUCAUGAGACCACCUGACCGGAACGCCGGGAUGCACUGGGAGGGAUCGAGUCAUCAUGAGACCUCCUGACCGGAACGCCGGGAUGCACUGGGAGGGAUCGAGUCGUCAUGAGACCUCCUGACCGGAACGCCGGGAUACACUGGGAGGGAUCGAGUCGUCAUGAGACCUCCUGACCGGAACGCCAGGAUGCACUGGGAGGGAUCGAGUCGUCAAGAGACCUCCUGACCGGAAACCGACAGCUUAAGCGACGCCCCCGAGAGACCUCACUGGAUGAUUUAUUAGUCGUUGUCGAGCUAUGGAAGUCUAUAACAUUGUUUUUCAAAAGAGAGAAAGAGUGACCGCUUUAGAGACAAGGAAAGAGAGAAGUGAGACAGUGGUGGAAUAGUUUUUUGUCUUUUCUAAAAGUUACUCCCUAUUUUCUUCCAUCGGUACUUUGAUUUGUAUUCAGUUAUGCCAUUACAUGACUUCUGUAUCUAAGUGCAGGUGUUUGAUAAGAUCAGCUCAUGGAAAGUGAUGCAAACAAAUGGGUAGGAGCCCAAUGUCUGGUUGGGUUGGGAAACAAAGGUGUGUGUGUGUGUGUGUGUGUGUGUGUGUGUGUGUGUACUGACUUUGAUCCUCACCUACAUCAGUACUAAUGGACAGUUGCAGCAAAACAGCAGCAUCUGAAUGUCAGUUGGAACAAUUGGGUUAGAAUGUCAGGAAGUGUAAACCUGAAGGGUUGGAAGUGAAUGUCAUUUGAGUGAAUUACGCUUUUUGUGAGUUUUGUGUGUGUUUUGUGUGUGUUCACAAAGCUGGUGUGCCGACAGUAUCUCCCAGCCUUUUUCAUGGAUCUGAUUCACUGUUGAAUAUAACUUUAAUGAUUGUUGUCCAUAGAACACUGGAAUGUGAGACCUAAGCCUGUUACUUUAUAGUGAAUGGAGUAAUAUAGACAUUGACCUAAAAAUAAACAUUAGAUUGACUCUG